AAUUGUUUUUGUUGUUUUUCCGACGUCGACGUCGCUGCGCUGCAAAAACGCCAAAACCAAAAAUCCAAGAGAGCGAGCGGUGGUGCAGCGCGAUGUUUUUAACGAAAACUUGGUAAACAAAUUCGUUGAUAAGAUAUAUUCGCUGGCCGACGUCAAUUCUCGUGCGAAAGUUUAUCUGCCUCUCCCCCCCCUUUCUUAACUCAUCCGAAAGUGUAUAUGUGUUCCAGCGCGGAUUAAAACUCGGCUCUGCUCCCCCGCUCUCCCGCGUACGUGCGUGUUCGUGUGUAUGUGUAAAAAGAAGUUUAUUGGCUUAACAUUUUUUUUUACAAGUGGCCAAAGGGCGCAGCCUCUCUGACAAGUGAAGUUUUUGCAGACUGAACAGCAGGUGAAAAUUAAUUUUCAACAAAAUACGACAGCGAGGGAAGAACAGUUAGUUACAAGAAGUGAAGAAGAAGCAGCUCAGCAGCAACUCCAUCGACGACGCGCGGGGCAAAAAGUGACGCAUAAGAAACGUUGCUAAUUACAAAAGGCACAUCAAAAUGGAGCUGGAGCCGCGGGUGGCCAUCCUGCAGGAUCUGCGUCUACAGACCUUCGAUUCCAUACGCUUCGCCUCGUACAGGACGGCCUCGAAGCUGCGCUACAUACAGAAGUCGACCAAUCUCCAUUUGGUGGACAUAUGGAACGUGAUCGAGGCGUUCCGCGAGAACGGACUGAACACCCUGGAGCCGCAGAGCGAGGUCAGCGUGGCCCGGCUGGAGACCCUUGUCUCGUCGCUCUAUCACAAUCUGAACAAACGCCUGCCCACCGCCCAGCAGGUGCCGGUGGACUCCAAGGCGGGUCUCUUGCUCAACUGGCUGCUGGCUGCCUAUACAAGUGAUAACUCGGGAAAGAUACGUGUGUUCUCCAUCAAGGUGGCCCUGGCCACCAUGUGCUCUGGCAAGCUGGUGGACAAGCUCAGAUAUAUCUUUUCACAGAUUUCGGAUGGAGCCGGACAGCUGGUGGCCUGGAAGCUGGGGGAGUUCCUGCGGGAGGUGCUGGCACUGCCGGCGGCCGUCUACGAGUCGCCCACAUUCCACUACAAGGAGGGGCUCGAGGAGGAGAUCUUUCCGGCGGAGAACAAGGUGACGGUGAACGAUUUUAUGGCAACACUUAUGUCCGAACCGGGCCCCUCGUGCCUCGUGUGGCUGCCACUGCUGCACAGGCUGGCCACCGUGGAGACGAUUGUGCACCCGACGAUCUGCUCUGUUUGCCACAAGGAAAACUUCACCGGAUUUCGUUACCGUUGUCAGCGGUGCCACGCCUACCAAUUGUGCCAGGAGUGCUUUUGGCACGGCAAGACAUCGCUGAAUCACCAAAACGAUCACGAGGUCAAGGAGUACUCGAGCUACAAGUCGCCCAGCAAACAGAUUGGUCACUCGCUGCGCAAGAGCUUCCGCUGUGUGCCCGAGAAGACGACGCAAGUGUUGCCACGGUUCCCGGACCAGCCCGAAAAGACCCUCAACCUGUCGCACAUCGUGCCACCCUCGCCCUUGCCCUCGCACAACGGUUUCAACGAUCCCACGCUGGCCCUCGCCGGCGUCCACCACGGCCACCUCCCGCCCGGCAUCUUCGACCGCUCCAGCACCCUCGACUCGCGGGCCACCGGCCGCAGCAUAGACAGUGCCAACUGUACCGGCGGCGGUGGCGGCACCACCAUCUCCCGGCUAGCCGCCGCCUCGGCCAACGAUGAGGAGCAUCGCCUGAUUGCCCGCUAUGCGGCCCGUCUGGCCCAGGAGAACCGAGCCCCCUCGAAUAUGUCCGAGAGCGCCACGCCCAUUGGCACGGACAACUCGCGGGCCCAGCGCGAGCUGAUCGCCCAGCUGGAGUCGAAGAACAAGGAGAUUAUGCGGGAGAUAGCCCGCCUACGUCGCCAGCAGGAGACCGAGCAGAUGGCCCCCGAGAAUCCGGCUCUGAUCAACGAGCUGCGCGCCCUGCGCCAGCGCAAGGGGGAGCUGGAGGGCCACUUGGGUGCCUUGCAGGACUCGCGGCGCCAGCUAAUGGAGCAGCUGGAGGGACUGAUGCGGAUGCUGAAGAACCAACAGACUGCCUCGCCCCGGUCCACGCCCAAUUCGAGUCCCCGGUCGGGCAAGUCGCCACCCAUGCCGGGCGGCGGGGGAGCUGGCAUCCUGGGCACUUCGCCGAUGAGUGCCCUGCAUGCCCAGCAAAUGCAGCACCCCAUGGGGGGGCCCGGAGUAAGGGUCACCCAGCAGCAGAUGAUGCAGGCCCAGCAGCAGCAGCAGCAACAGCAGCAGCAUCAGCAGGGACAUGGCCACGGACCCUUCAGCCAGAGCCAGCUGGAGCAGCUCAAUCUGAUCAGCAGCGACAUGCGCAGCGCCUUUGCGGCCAAUGGCAGUGCAACGCCACCGCCAAUGCGCAGCACCAGUCCCAGUCCAGCCGAUGCCGAGCUCAAUGAAGCCGCCGAUAACAUAACCUCGGCCAUAUCCCAUAUGGUCAGCGACCUGAAUGCAGGACGGGCAACGGGACAAGGACAAGGCGGAAGCUCCCUGCCCCAGGCUCGUUUCAUAAUGCCGUUGGAAUAUCGACACAUCGAGGGCGCCGAGUCCUCGGGCUCGAGUCAGUGCGAGUGCAACGAUUGCGACUGCCAGGUGUAUGAGGAGAUCUUCCGCACCGACGGGGAGUACGAGUGCCAAGGGGCCCCACCUGAAUCCGAUUCAGAUAUGGAUGAUACCCGCCUGUCGCCGGUUCAUUUCGAUUACACCUUCGGCCUCGGCGACGAGCAGUCGCAGGUGAACCGCAUUCUGGGCUAUCGCAACCAUCCCGAACUCUUCAUCGACGAUGACCAGGCGGGGUUCCCGGCCCUGCACGAGAUCGAUUUCGACGAAUCUCAAUCAUAUAACCAAGAGUGGACCGAAAAGGCAAAUGCGAAUAGCCAAUGGCAGGAGCAGUUUGCACAAUGGAGUCUUAAUUCACAAAAUAACUAAUUCGUCUCAGUGGACCAGUGAAGGCAGAGCCGGAUGGGUAACAGCAGCAGCAGCAGGAAUGCAAUGCAGACAUGCAGGAAUGGAGUACACUGGAGUGCAGGAAUACGAGGCAGCUGAUACGACGAUACGAAGAAGACGACUCUCGCUUAGCUUUUUACCCUAAUUCUUAUGUUGACUUAGAGCAAUUUAUUUAUUGAUUAUUUUAUGGAGUAGUCGUAGCCUACACUACCUUAAUCCCUACAAUUUAUACUUUUGCGGAGUGGUAUAAUACACACAUAUAUAUUUAUAUGAUUAUUUUAUGCAAACACACGGUAGACAGUAAAGAAGCAAUGAAUAAGACUCGCAGUUGCACUGCACUUUUAAGUCGCAAAUCUCUUGAAUCUCGUGGAAACUUUCGAUGGGAGCAUGGAUAGAUCGAGGGUUUUUUUUUUUUUUAAUUUAGGUUUUUACGAUUUCGUAUUUGGCUUUUAGACUUUUAAGCGCCUCCGUAAGCGGAUAUUUAUUAACAAAGUGAAAAUCAAACACGUAAUGCAAAUACAAAUACGAUAUAGACAUUUAAAAAUGUACUUAAUACUAGAUACUUGAUAUUUGUUGAGAAAUCAAAAACAAAUUCUAAGCGCCUGAUUCGUGGUAGGUCCAGAUCGGCAAUCCAAUAUAAUGGAUAUGAAAUAUACACUUUGAUAUACGGUAAAGCCAAUAACUAUUUAAAAGAAAAGAAAAUAAAUUCCAAUCCAAUGUUGAACACUAAACCGAAACUAGGAGCAUGAACAGCAUCGCGAUCCAAUUCGAUUUAA